AAAUACUUUAAUAACAAAGCAUUUAUCAGUAAAGCAAUUUGGAUAAAACUAUAGUAAAUAAAGUUCCUUUGCAAAUCAGUGUGUAGCCUCUCCUGAUAUUUUCAUGUUAAUGGAAAGAGUUUCCUUAAUCUUAUUUAAAAAAAAAACAAACUCAACUAAAUGCUAAGAGCUAUGUGCCCUUUUAUUGCAGACAGAUUAAAUGGAUAAAUGAAAGGCCUGCUCAAUAUUUAUCUUACAGACAUCCAAAAUAAGCCAAACUUUUUUUUUAUUGUAUUUGGUGCUUCACCUGGUAGGGGAAUUUAGAAAUCAGGAGGAAUGCAGUGUAAUUUUUUUCUGUUUUAGGUUGAUUCCUCCCAAAUAAGUAAGUUUGACAAAUAUCUCUCUUGAUGUACUCCGGUAAUGUGAGGGAAAUGUUUUAUUUGGUAGGAAAUACAAAGGCUGUAAACAGAUUUCAGUUAAUAGAGAAAGUGGUUGUGUUGACUCACUGCAGGACCAAAUGGCAUAAGUCAGAAUAAUUGAGCUGUAUUGUUGGCCCUGGGAGAGAGAGGGUACCUUGUGUCCUUCUGUGCUAAUAUAGCCUGGCAUGAAUUUGAUUUGACACUCUGUGCAUCUUUGAUACAGUUUUUUUUUGUAUGAUGUUGAAGAAAACUAGAUAUUUAAUGUGUUUUCCUUUUCUUAACAGACAUGGACAAUGAAUCAAAUGCAAACACAAUAUUCAGUUGCCAAAAUCCACCAAAUACGAACCACCUGAAGCCUCUUUCUGUCUAUUCCCGGAUGGUCACGUGUGACCAACAUAAAGGUCCUCGUUCCCCAGUGGAGCCUUCUAAUCCUUUCGUCAACUUCAAAAUUAAAAUAGUUAAUGACUCUGGGAAAAAAAGGAAACUGGGGGAUAGUGGCACGAUCAAUGACUACAACACUCCAUGUAAAAAGCAGUGUAGUUCCAAUGCUCUGUCCCCAGACCUUGGCUGCUUUAUGGACUACUCUAGCCCUCUUACAAGGAACAAUUCACUAUCCCCCUUUGCAGCACCGUACCCUGUGCUUAAAGAAGAGACUCCAGCUAGGAGAGAAACUAAAGAAACAGUGAGCUCUCAGCUGGAUUUGGAGCAUGUUCAGUGUGGGUGCUCCAAAGAGGAGGUAGAGAAGACUGAGAAGAUCGUCAAAAACAUGUCAUCUGUGUUUGACAAUGACGUUGAUGACAUCUUAUGCCUCAAUCCACCAAAACUGGAGAUGGUAGAACCAACCAUUAAGGAGGAAAAACCUGACGCUGGGCUUGUGGAGGAUGACAGAGGAUACGUUUCCUCUGUCUUGCAUUCAGAAGAAUGCAAGACAGAACAUCCACCAGAGCAGCUGGGGCACGAGCAAGCUUCAACAUGUGGUCCGCAUUUUUCUUUUUUAAUUAAGGACAGUAGCGAGACUGUGAGUGGACCACUGCUGGGACCUGUUAAGUGUGAUGGAAGCUUUUUAGAGGGAGAAGAUGAGGUUUUUAAUAUCGGACAGCCAAUAUUUGAGUCCUCUGUAUGCCAUCCAUCUGCUGAAGUAGAGCAGAAAAGUGGACUGUCAGAAGCUCUUAAGAUGCCUGUAAACAUAUCCCAGACCUACAACUCUGGAGACUACACUGUGGACACUUUAUAUGAAACCACAUUGCCUUUACAGGUUCAGGUGAAAUCAAAAGUGGUGGUUCCAGGUCAGAGUGAGGGGACCUGCAAACCAGCAUCCUCUACCCAACCAGAACAGAAAACAAGCUCUGCAGACAAAAAGAGGGAUAAAACUGUCAAGCGUGGAAGAGGUCACAGACCCAAAAUCCUUGACAACACUAUGGAAUGGGAACAUCAUAAAAAUCAGUACAUAUUUUCUGUCAAAAGCCACAUGACUGAAAAUCCAGGUAGAGCUCAAGGACCCAUGACUGAACUUCUGGACUUGAUGACGCAUGUUGCCGGUCAGACGGGCUCUAAUGGCUCUCAGUGGCAGCACCCCUCGGACCUCACAUGCAGAAAUUACCAGAAACGCUUUGGGAACGAAACACCAACCAUGACCUUGAGUGAAUGGCAGGCACAGAGUAAUACUCACCACAAGCGCUUCUCCAAAGUCCCCAAAAUUUUCGAAAGAUGCCCCUAUCCUUGAAUGUUCACUUAAAGAAUAACCACGCUGUAUUUGCUCUACUCUUUAUAAAUCUGUAUUGUAUUUUAUUAGACUAUAUAUCAAUGUUGGCACUGUUUUCUUUCUUGAUUUUGUUGCAUGUAAUCUUGUGUGUUGGCUUUAAAUGUUGCCUUUGUUUUUCUUAAUAUUUUGCAUGUACUUUCUUAUAUUAACGCAUGUUUUAAGAGAUUUGGAUGUUAUUCAUGGUAAAGAUUUAUCUCGUGUGUUUCCAGGAAAUAGGUGGACCUACAUAUAUGUGUUAUAUAUAUAUAUGAUAUAUAUAUAUUUUUCUUUUUUACUAGAAAUGAAACAACCAUAGUUUAAUACUCUUCAUCUGUUGCUAUUGAUUUAAAGGAUUAAUCAGGGGGCUGUGGUUUUGUUUGGCAGGGAGACCAGUAAUGAUGUUUGGCCUGUUGAGUUCAUGUAGCAGCUCUGCCUUUGUGUGAUUGUCAUUCUGAGUUCUCCUCCUACAGUAGUAUCUGAGCGCUCUGCAGGUGAAUGCUGACAGAUUUGACGUGUGAAUCUUAUCAGUAUGGGUGCCCUGCACUGAAUAAUCUAUGCUGUUUAAGUCGAGACUUGUGCAGCUAUUUACAGUACAGCAGUGUAUUUCCUUCCCUGUUUAUGAGCAGGAUCACUGCAGCAGAAGAGUUGUUGUUGAUCUGGCAUGCCAUACAGUUAUAUAGCUGUGUUUAGGGUAUCCAAAAACAGGGGGAAAAUAUACUUAAUACUAAGAAUUGUGUUAUUUUGAAGCUCAGUCUGGUUCUAAUGUUGAGAAAUUGAUUUCAGAAGUUUACUUACCUUUUCUAUUACAAGUUGCUGACUUUUCUGUAACUUGAUGAGCCAGAAAUCAGGUUGCUUUGGGUUCUGAUAUUGGAUGAUUUUCUUAAAGAUUUAAUUACUCUCCUAGUUCAGAGGAAAUCUUUCGUUUUAAUCAAAGUUUUGUUAACCUGUUUACCUUUAAAAAAAAAAAAAA